AUGCUCGCGUUCGUCAAUUCUGUUGCAAAAUUGUGCAUAGACAAAUUCAAUUCUAUGAAAAAAACUGGAAAACCGGAUAACAGUGAGUGGACGGUUCUCGCUGGAAUAAUUUUAAAAAAUGCUGACAAUGCUAUGUCCGUCGUGUCAUUGGCCACCGGAACGAAAUGUCUCAGUGGCGUUGAACUUACAAACACAAAAUUUUACGAGAUCGGUGAGAGAUUGAGCGAUUCACAUGCCGAAAUUUUGGCUCGACGCGGAUUCCUACUAUACUUGUACAAUCAGCUUGAUUUAUUGUUCUCUUCGAACAACAACGAAGUUUUCAUUAUCAAUACGAACAAGAUUAUAGAAAUUCGACGCGGUGUAUCGUUUCAUUUUUUCUGUAGCCAGACUCCUUGCGGGGAUUGCUCAAUAAUACCAAUGAAUAUAACUGAGACUAGCCAUCAAAAGGUCCCUACGAAAAAACCAAAAUUGGCAUCCGAGACGACGUCAAUUGAAACGAAUUCAACAUUGAUCGAAGAUAUUUACCGAACCGGGGCAAAGUGUUUACGAACAGAAACGAAGCAAGACCUUCGUUUAUCGGGCAAAGAAUAUCACGUUACGGGAGCUUUGCGAACUAAACCCGGCCGGGGCGAUCCAACUCUAAGCUUGUCGUGCUCGGACAAAAUAGCCAAAUGGAAUGCGGUUGGUAUUCAAGGAUCAUUGUUAUCGACGUUCGUGCUAGCCCCGAUAAAACUGAAAACUAUCGUGAUCGGAGGUGGGUGCCCAUUUUCUCAACAAGUCAUGGAACGCGGUAUUUAUAAAAGAUUCGGUGAUGAUCUUGCUGGACCAGAUAUUUUCCAAGCAGACAUAAAAUUUUCCUGCAUGAGAAAUUCCGUGCGUUCACGUCCUUGCCCUACAAGUAUUGUUUGGUCAGCAGUUCAGAAUGGGAACACCCAAAUAACGGUCGAUGGGCGUAAACAAGGUGCAACGAAAAGUAAAAGAGGUAACGAUUUGCUCGUCAGCCGAACAAGUCUUUUGAAAAAAUUUCUACAGACCCUCGACAAAAGUCCUUUCGCGAAUAAUGUUCCGUCGCAUCCGAAAAAAAUAUUUUAUUAUCAUUACAAGCAAUGGCGAGGUUGUUCAUCGUAUCAAAAAGAAUGGAAAUAUUUAAAGGCUACGAGAUUCACUCCUUGGCCUGAGAAACCCAUGGGGCUACAAAGUUUUUCGCUCUGAUGAGAGUUUGUAUCGUUAAACAAUCUCUUAUUUUUUAUUUCAAAAAAAAAAAUCCAAAUAUAUUUAUGUACAAAAAAAAAUGAAGAGAGAGUGAAACUUGAUUAAAAAGUACGCCGACUUAAAUUAGUGUAUCCUAUGCCAAUGCAAGUUAGAAGGACUUGCUCGUGCACGACAUCAUCGUCCUCGUCAUCCUUUGCGGGCUCAAGCUUGAAGACAAUUCCAAAGAAAUCUCUGAGAUCCCGAAGAAACUGAACCCUGUCGAGAUAAUAAAACAAUCGUUAAUGCGAAAUA